GCGCGACCGGUGACGCAGACCAAAUAAAACAAAAAACACCAGAGCGAUAUGUAUUCCACGCACUUGAUACCCCCGCUGUAAGCUGCGCAGAAUGCCUGGCCUUGUGCGAAAGCUCGUCAUUUUUGCUGCUGUUGAUGGCUUGGUGCUUCAACCGGUGGGCCAGCGCCCCGCUCCGGCUGCGAAGAUAUGCUACAAGGACAAUAGCAUUGUCCCCGUGCUCAAGGAUGGAGGGAACGAGCUUGGUGCAGGAAAGAGCUUCGAGGCUUUUGGAAUCGUUGGUCUUUUAACUGUCUCUAAAUCAUCCUUCUUGGUCUCUAUUACGAAACGUCGCCAAGUCGCGCAGAUCCAUGGGAAGGCAAUAUAUGUUAUCACUGGCGUUGCUCUUACGCCGCUAUCAACCCAAGCAGCUGCAGAUACCUCGAUCGCGCAUACUCAAACAACUCUUCAGGUGCGGACGGGCAAUGGAAAUGAUGGAUCAGAUGAAAGCGACACAAAUGGCGAAGAAGUAGACCUGUCUGCUGCCGCGAGCGACGAUGUAGACGACGACGAGAUACACCCCACCUUGGCCGAAGCUAUUUCUCCCCCAAACGAACAUACCAGGACCAGCAGUGUUGCUGAGGAUGUUAUCUCACUCAAAGGUGGGUAUGGUAGAUUUGCUCAAAAGUGGUUUUCUAGGAAAGGAUGGACUGUAGACCAGAGGAGGAAUUUAGGUCUCACGGCAUCAAAUUCAGGAACGUCGACGCCCAACGUCAAGGACACUUCACUGCCAGCUGCUCCUCCUCCUCAAGAGUUGCCAACCGCUGAACAGGACAAAGUCAUUGAAGUGAGGAGCAAAGGCACAGAGGCUCGUGAUGUCGCAGCUAGCCUGUUGCCAAAACUACUUUAUUACUCUCAAAUGCUCUUCAGCUCCUCGAAUUUCUUCUUUUCAUACGACUAUGAUAUCACGAGGAGUAUUUCAAACCAAAGAAGGUCGAACUCCGAGUUACCACUUUACACCCAAGUCGAUUCAUUGUUCUUCUGGAAUCGACAUCUUGUUUCACCAUUCAUUGAAGCAGGUCAAACCUCUUUCGUGUUGCCUCUCAUGCAAGGCUUCAUUGGUCAAAGAACCUUCGAGAUGGAUACUGAUCCACCUCCUCUAGACGGGACUGAGAAGGCAUCCAUGGAGCUUCUAGAUAUGUCACCUCCACGACAAAGCUCAUCAGAUGAGCCUGGAGACUCAAACUCCCCAAGAUCUAGUGGAGGAAGGAAGACACUUAAGUCGUUCUUGAUAACCUUAAUUUCUCGGCGCUCUGUAAAACGUGCUGGACUGAGAUAUCUGCGGAGAGGUAUAGACGAAGCAGGUCAUACAGCGAAUGGUGUAGAGACGGAACAAAUUCUCUCUGAUCCAUCAUGGGAUGCUGCACACAAGAUCUAUUCUUUCGUUCAAAUUCGUGGCAGUAUCCCCGUCUUCUUCUCACAGUCACCCUAUUCUUUCAAGCCAAUUCCGCAACUUCAACAUUCUGACGAAUUUAACUAUCGAGCAUUUUACAAGCACAUGGCCCAACUCACAAGUAUGUAUGGAUCGGUCCAGCUUGCCAAUCUAGUUGAAAAACAUGGAGCAGAAGCUAUAGUUGGAGCACAAUUUGAGAAAUUUGCUACAAAACUGAUCGAGUCCGACGACGCUGUUGGGAAACAAAUCGCCUUUGAAUGGUUUGAUUUCCAUGCGGCUUGUCGAGGAAUGAAGUUUGAAAACAUCAGUCUGCUCCUGGACAUCAUCGGAAAGAAGCUUGAUCAAUUCGGGUACACAGUAGAGCUAGAUGGCAACCAAGUUGCAAAACAACAGGGUGUCCUUCGUGCAAACUGUAUGGAUUGCUUGGAUCGCACGAAUGUUCUACAGAGUGCCUGUGGUAGACGAGCCUUAGAGUUUCAAUUGAAAGAGGAAGGUAUCGAUAUGUCUAUCCAGCCUGAUCAGAUCACAUCCUGGUUCAAUACUCUCUGGGCAGAUAAUGGUGAUGCAGUAAGCUCACAGUACGCAUCCACAGCGGCCAUGAAAGGAGACUUUACUCGAACCAGGAAGCGAAACUUUCAAGGCGCGUUGAAAGACAUGGGUAUCUCGAUUUCGAGGUUUUACAGCGGAAUUGUCAAUGAUUUCUUCAGUCAAGCAGCUAUUGACUUCCUCCUCGGAAACGUAACUUCCACAGUCUUCGAAGAUUUCGAGGCAAAUUUGAUGAGCGUCGACCCAGGGACAUCUAUGCAGAAGUUGCGGGAGCAGGCUAUAGAGACUUGCCAAAAACUUGUUGUAGCAGACGACCACGAAGAAUUCAUUGGAGGUUGGACACUGCUAACUCCGCAAAUUCCAAACACAAUAAAAUCGUCACCGUUCGAGGAAUCUGUACUGAUCCUUACCGAUGUCGCAUUAUAUUCCUGUAGAUUCGACUGGACCACCGAGAAGGUAUCUUCAUUUGAAAGAAUAGAUCUGCAACAUAUCACGACAAUCAAAUACGGAACUUACAUUACAUCGACACUUUCGGCAGCACAAGGCGACGAGUCGAGAAACGUUGGAAUUGUAAUCUCUUACAGAGCCGGUGAGGACGACAUCACUCGAGUAAAUACGAGAUCAAUGUCCAACACCCCUCGCAGCGAUACUGAUCUGCUAGGCGGUUCCUCGACCGUCUCGCCACCAGCCACAACAUUGCAGAAUCUGCUUGGACGACCGGCAGCCCCUGCCACCAAAGUUCUGGCUCUGAAGGCAUUACCUUCGAGAAGUGCUGUGGCGGAUAGCGGUCAGUCCCAAUUGACCGAAAUCCAACAGGUCAAGUCAAUUUGUUCCGAAAUAGAGCGGAUGGUCCUUCAUGGGCAAGUUGUGGAAGUCGGCACAGAAAGGAAAGAUCUGGUGGUAAAUGGUGAUAUCAUAUCUCUUGCUGAUGCACGAAAGAAUACGGGACUUCUUUCACAGUUACAGCACCAGCUGAAGAAGUUAGUCUGGGCUUGAGCAUAUUAAAGCAUGGGAUGGCGUUGUUGUCAAUAUAGGGAGCCAUAGAGGUCGGAGACAUAGACCAUAAUUGCGAAGUACGUGCUGUACACUAGAAUCGAUCGUCAGUUCGUCGAUUACGCCGGCAAGGGUCGGCUUCAAGUUAUCGACUCUCCUUUGCACACGCGAAGCGCGGAAGAGGGU